AUGCUAACAGAACAGAACAAAUCAUUAGUCAAACAGUUCGACCGAAUACCAUGUGUUACCGUAAGAGAAGAUAGAAAUCAAGGGGACAACCUCAAAGGAGAGGAAAAAAUCAAUAGAUUAAAUAUUCAAACCGAGAAAAUCCAACAAUUUUCAAGGGGACCAACAGCAUUAAAACAGCAAGAUCAAAAUCCACCACCUAUUUGA